CACACAUCCCAAUAAUUUUUUUUCCAAACACAAAAAGAAAUAAAAUAGCUAGAAUACCAUUUCAUUCCCAUGAAGGAAAAAUAAAGAAACAUAUUAAAAAAACCCAUUUUUUCUCUUUCAUUAAAUAAUAAAAAAAAGAGAUGCAUGUUCAUUUCCAUUUCAUUUCAAGUGAAUUUAACAUGUCAUUUCCCUCCUAUAUAAACAACGCCAUAUCAUGCCAUAGAAGCUCAACAAAACACCAAGACAAAAGUACUAGGGUUUUGUGCAAGCUACUCUUUUCAUCAUAACCUUUAGCUCCCAAAAAAAAAAAAACAAACAAAACAAAUCUUGCAAUAAAAGAAAAAAUGGCCCCUGAAGUCCCAACUUCCGAUGCUUUUUCCGGCGCCGGAAAACUCCCGACGACCCUCGGGUCGAGGAAGGGUUUCGUGACGUUCCUGGCCGGAACCGGUGACUACGUGAAAGGGGUGGUCGGUUUGGCCAAGGGCUUGAGGAAGGUGAAGAGCAUCUACCCUCUCGUGGUGGCGAUCUUGCCGGACGUGCCGGAGGAGCACCGUGAGAUCUUGAGGUCCCAAGGCUGCAUUGUCAAGGAGAUCGAGCCCGUCUACCCGCCGGCGAACCAGACUCAGUUCGCCAUGGCCUACUACGUCAUCAACUACUCCAAGCUCCGUAUUUGGAACUUUCUGGAGUUCAGCAAGAUGGUGUAUCUCGACGGAGACAUCCAAGUAUUCGAAAACAUCGAUCACCUCCUCGACACCCCCGACGGCUACUUCUACGCCGUCAUGGAUUGCUUCUGCGAGAAAACAUGGAGCCACUCUCCUCAAUACGCCGUCGGCUAUUGCCAACAAUGCCCUAACAAGGUCACCUGGCCUUCUGAGAUGGGCCCACCUCCCCCGCUCUACUUCAACGCGGGCAUGUUCGUGUACGAGCCGAGCAAAGCUACCUACGAAUCCCUCCUCGAGACUCUCCAGGUCGCCCCCACCACCCCGUUUGCUGAGCAGGAUUUCUUGAACAACUACUUCAACCCCAUCUACAAGCCCAUCCCGCCGAUCUACAACCUCGUGCUCGCGAUGCUCUGGCGCCACCCUGAGAACAUCGAGCUGGAGAAGGCCAAAGUCGUCCACUACUGCGCUGCUGGAUCCAAGCCGUGGAGGUACACCGGCGAGGAGGCGAACAUGGACAGGGAAGACAUCAAGAUGCUGGUGAAGAAGUGGUGGGACAUCUACGACGACGAAUCCCUCGACUACAAGCCCGAGGAAGCCGACGAGUCCUUCUCGAAGCCCUCGAUCAUGGCCUCCCUGCCCGAACCCGCGGUCUCCUACGUCCCGGCGCCGUCCGCCGCCUAAACAAGAACCCCAACACCAACGAGUUUAACCUAGUAUUGCCCAACUCGUUAUGCCUUGCGCUAUAACUAAAUCUUUAUGAGCAACUUAAUUUGCUUGUUUUUGGUGUGUAACUCCUCGAUAUGCAUAAGUUUGGUUGUGUUUCAUGCCAAUCAUGUGUAAUGUAAUGUAAUGUAAUGGAAUUACUUAAAAAAAGUUUGCAGUAUUGGAAUGUAAGAAUUCUAAUACUGCUAUUAUUAUGAAAAUAUAUCUAUGUUAUUUCAA